CCUGCCGGGGUCCGCCUCCCACAGGACGGGUUUGAGAACCACCCGGCGCAGAUCCGAGAGAGGCUUGCCGGGCGGGGUGAGCACUUUCCGCCACCUGCGCUUAGAACUUCGCUGCGGUUCGCGGAGAUUAAAGCGCGGAAGGCAUUUUGCCCAUUGAGGCCUCCGUAGCGAGGGGGCGAGGCCCGGAAGAGAGCAGGAUGGCGGCGCUGGAUAGAGACAGCGACGAGGAUUUGGUCAGCUAUGGGACGGGCCUGGACCCGCUGGAAGAAGGCGAAAGACCAAAGAAACCAAUUCCUCUUCAGGAUCAGACUGUCAGAGAUGAAAAAGGAAGGUAUAAACGAUUUCAUGGAGCCUUCAGUGGAGGUUUCUCUGCUGGUUACUUCAACACCGUUGGCUCAAAAGAAGGAUGGACACCCUCUUCCUUUGUGUCUUCACGACAGAACAGAGCAGACAAAUCUGUUUUUGGUCCCGAAGAUUUUAUGGAUGAAGAGGAUCUUAGUGAAUUUGGGAUAGCACCUAAAGCGAUUGUUACCACAGAUGAUUUUGCUUCUAAAACCAAAGAUCGAAUACGAGAAAAGGCCAGGCAGUUAGCAGCAGCUACUGCCCCUAUUCCUGGCGCCACUUUGCUUGAUGACCUCAUAACACCAGCAGAGUUAUCUGUUGGGUUUGAAUUGCUAAGAAAAAUGGGUUGGAAGGAAGGACAAGGAAUUGGUCCUCGAGUAAAGAGAAGACCACGCCGACAGAAACCUGAUCCUGGAGUAAAAAUCUAUGGCUGCGCAUUACCCCCUGGAGGCUCUGAAGGAUCUGAGGAUGAAGAUGACGACUACUUGCCAGAAAAUGUGACCUUUGCACCCAAAGAUGUCACACCUGUGGAUUUCACACCUAAAGAUAAUGUACAUGGACUGGCUUACAAGGGCCUGGAUCCCCACCAAGCACUGUUUGGAACUUCAGGAGAACAUGUUAAUCUUUUUAGUGGUGGACCCGAGGGCGCCAACAAUCUUCUUGGAGAUGUUGGAGUGAAUAAAGGAAGAAAAUUGGGAAUUUCAGGCCAGGCUUUUGGUGUAGGUGCCCUGGAGGAGGAAGACGAUGAUAUCUAUGCCACGGAAACUCUAUCCAAGUAUGAUACCAUUUUGAAGGAUGAGGAGCCUGGAGACGGACUCUAUGGCUGGACGGCACCCAGGCAAUAUAAAAAUCAGAAAGUAUCAGAGAAAGAGCUUCACUACGUUGGCAAAAUUUUGGAUGGAUUUUCCUUGGCUUCUAAACCUUUAUCUUCUAAGAAAAUUUAUCCACCACCCGAAUUGCCAAGAGACUAUCGACCAGUGCAUUAUUUCAGACCUGUGGUGGCUGCCACCUCAGAGAACAGCCACUUACUUCAGGUAUUAUCAGAGACAGCUGGAAAGCCAACACAUGACCCAGGGACACAUAGUAGGCACCAACUGAAUGCCUCCAAGCGGGGAGAGUUGCUAGGAGAAGCGCCCAUUCAAGGGGCACCUACUUCAGUGUUAGAAUUUCUGUCCGAAAAAGAUAAAGAGAGACUCAAAGAAGUGAAGCAGGCAACUGACCUUAAAGCAGCUCAACUCAAGGCCAGGAGUCUGGCCCAGAAUGCCUCUAGCAGCAGACCCCAGCCCUCCUCUCCAGACGUCGGACACUGCUCUUGGCACAUGGCAUUGAGUGGUGGCACAGCCCCCGUAAGAGCCAGCAACUUCAAACCUUUCGCAAAAGAUCCAGAAAAGCAAAAACGAUAUGAAGAAUUUUUAGUAAAUGUGAAACGGGGUCAGAAAGACGCUCUGGAAUGUUGUCUUGAUCCCAGUAUGACGGAGUGGGAGCGACGCCGUGAGCAGGAUGAGUUUGCUCAGGCAGCCCUGCUCUAUGUGUCUUCCCAUUCGACCUUGUCCUCCCGCUUCACUCAUGCCAAGAUGGAAGAUGAUGCAGAGCAGGUGGAAGUCCCUCGGGACCAAGAGAAUGACGUCAGUGACAAGCAGUCAGCUGUGAAGAUGAAGCUGUUUGGGAAGCUUACCCGAGACACAUUUGAGUGGCACCCUGACAAGCUUCUGUGUAAGAGGUUUAAUGUCGCUGACCCAUAUCCAAGUUCAACUUUAGUUGGCUUACCAAGAGUGAAACGUGACAAAUACUCAGUCUUCAACUUUCUGACAGUCCCAGAGACAACUUCCUCACCUGCAACUCAAGCAUCAAGUGAGAAAGUUCCACAGCACCGAGGUCCCGACAAAUCAAGAAAACCGUCCAGAUGGGAUACAUCUAAAGAAGAAAAGAAAGAAGAUUCCAUUAGUGAAUUUUUAAGUUUGGCUAGAUCAAAAGUUGGUCCACCUAAACAAGAGUCCAGUCCAUUAGUAAACAAAGAGGAAGAGCAUACAAUGGAAUCAGUCUCAAAUAAGGUAAACAAAGGUGUGGAUUCACAGACUGAAGGAGAGGGUAGCCGCCCAUCCAUGGACUUAUUCAAAGCCAUCUUUGCCAGCUCUUCAGAUGAAAAGUCUUCAUCCUCUGAGGAUGAGCAAGGCGACAGUGAAGAUGAUCAGGAGGGUACCAGGGAAGCCGACUUCCAAGGUUCCCAGGAGGCUGACUCGGUGGAAACGUCAUCUGUGGCACAAGCUAGUGAGCCAGCACCCCAGGAGCCCGCACCUUUCUUCCCGAUUCAGAAGAUACAGGUAGAUGAAAGAGAGGAGUUCGGCCCGCAGCUGCCUCCCGUCUUCUGCCCCAAUGCUCGUCAGAAACUUGAGGCACCUCUCAAAGAGAAACAUAAAAAGAGCAAAGAAAAACACAAGACCAAGAAAGAGCACAGACGGAAGAAAGAGAAGAAAAAGAAACACCGGAAGCACAAACACAAAGGCAAGCAAAAGAAUAAAAAGUCAGAGAAAAGUAGUAGUUCCGAGAGUACGGACAGCAGUGACAGCCAGAGCGAUGAAGAAGGGGCCGCAGACCUGUCACCCCAGGAACUGCUGAGACGACUAGGGUAGGCAUCCAACUUACCUUUCUCCAGAUAGAUGGCUGGUUGUAUUAGAGUGAGUAGGCGAGCUGCGAUGAAAAAGAACCCUCUCAACCCAUUGGCGCAGCACAAUGGAGCAUAAGUUAAAUUGAGAAAGGUACUCAGGAUCCCAGUUUGUUCCACUCUAGCAUGUGGCCCUCAGAGGAGCCGAGGGGAACGGGUUGGAGGAUGGUCUUGGAGGUUGUUAUGGUCCUGCCUGGAAGUCGCUGUCUUCCCUUCCCCUCCAGCCCACGGGCCGGAGCAGCUGGGUGGCCCUGCCCGGCCAGCACGGGACCAGGUAGGGCAAGUCCAGCUGUGGGCCCAGGGUGACGGGGGCCAUGGCAGGCGCGAGCCCUGGCCACUCGGCCCCACCGGUGCUCUGGGCCGUUAAGGGAGGUGUAGCUUGAUCAGAUUCUAAAUGCCUGUGCCCAUGCGGAUCUGUUCCUGGAUUCUCUGUUCUGGUCUCUUGGCCAUUUUUCUCUCUUUUCAUCCCCCCUCUUUUAAUUACUCUGGCCUUAUAGUAUAUUUUGCCGUCUGGAAAGACAAGUGCCGCUGCCUUGUUCUUUUUCAUUUAUUUCUUUAGAAUGGAUAGGACCUUCUCAUGGUUCAGAAACAAUACGGAUAUGAGCAUUUCAGUUUAAUCCAGAGCCCCCUGAAGCGGCUGUGUUGAUUCACGUUUCCCUUUCCUCAGGGCGCGUGCCAGUGGUGACAGGGAUGGGCCAGGCACUGUGGGGCUCGUUUAAUCCUCACAUAAGGCUGUGACUUGUGUCCCCUCCUCUCACAGGCGGGGAAAGCAAGGCCCAGGGAGGCCCACUGACCCUCAACAACACCUGAUAUUUUCACCCUUGACCGUUUGGGGCCAUGUGAUGAGUCGUUCCUGCGGGGAGGCAUUUGCGCUUGCACACGUGGAAGCCCCUCAGUGCCCAUCGGGAGGGCGUGGUGGGGUGGGCUGAGCACAGCAGUCAGAAAAUGUGGGCGGGUAGCUGUGUGCUGACUUGCGUCUAAAACUUACCAUUUAGACACCAGAAGCUGCAGAACAGUGUAUAUGCCUGGUACUGUUGUCCUCAGGCCUUUGGAUUUUCCCGCAUGCACAUGUAUGUACAUCCUUGCAUAGAAAAGGGCUGGAGGGGUUCUUAGACCCCUGAGAGCACUUAUCUCUGAGGCGGGGGACUGGGAUAGAGGGAAUGCAGAGUCUGAGGUGUGAAAUGUAUUUCAGUAUUACUCUUGUGGUUGCUAAAGGUAUAGUUUCCAUAGCCCCUCACCCCUAAGCUUCCUAGGUUCUCCCCAGGGAGCCUGGAGGGGGCCCCCUCCAUCUUUUGUGCCUCACUCCACUCUGUGUAUUACCUGUCUGCAUCUGUCUCCUGCAAGGGGCAUUUUGAGGGUCACGACCACAUGGGUCUUACUUGCAUCCCCAGCGCCUGGCUGAGGUGUCACUCUUGUCAAGGGCCCCUGCUGCUUUCCUUCAGUGAAGGCACAGCCUAGCUCUGGAUGGACUUGCAGUCUGCCCCCUCCGUCCCCUCCCCAGGAGACACUGUUCUUCCUCCUGUCCCUGUAAGUUAGCUUUGCCCAUUCUUCACAGGCGUGGAAACAUACAGUUGAGUACACUCUUUAGUGCAUUCACACUGUAAGUUCCCAGCUCCGUGCAUGUUCACUCCCUGAAUAUACCUAUAGAGCAAGGAAUAAACCAGCACUCCAGAAGCCCCUCCCACUUAGCAUCCCCACCCCCACCCCCCAAAGGUAACCACUCUGGCUUCUAUCACCGCUGAUCACUCUUGCCUGUGUUUCAGAUUUAUUUAAGGGACCCAUGUACUAUGAACUCUUGCAUCUGGCUUGUGAGAUUCCUCUGUAUUGUCGUAGCAGCAGCUGGUUCGUUCUCAUUGCCCUAGAGUAUUCCUUUAUGGGAUACACCACAGAGUAUUCAUCUAUUCCGCUGUUGGGGGCAUUUGGUUUUCCACUUUGGGACUGUAGAGCCCGGAUCUAGAGUCAGUGUGACCCAGCUCUUCUUGGUGACUAGAGCCGCCGUGAACAUUCUUGUGUGCACGAAGCUGAGAUUUAAGACUGACGGCUCGGGAGCUUUUGGCCCUGGAGCAAACAUGGUUUUGUUUUUUGUUUUUUUAGUUCCUUCCCAAAGGUCAUACAUGAGAUAGGUGGGUGCAACCAGGAUUAGAACUUGUUUUUAUAAAAGGGUCUUAAUAUGAGAUGUGGAGGAGUGAGUCUCUCUGUGUGUUUUGCGGGGAACAGAAUCUUAAGAGUGCAGAGUAAACGGUACUUUCUUUCAUGGUGUGGGUCAUCCUCUGUAUUUUGUGCCACUUUGGCUCAGGGAGAGGCCUGGCAUUCUUCUCCCCCGCUGAGCUGUCUGGUU